AUGUCACCAGCCGCUCAGUUUCUUAGUGGGUGGGGCAGCAAUUCUCAGACUGCCGAGCCUAAGCCGGAUGAUGAAGGACAAUCCAUCGGUAUCAACAAUGAGUAUGUCGUCGGUCGUCAAAUUGGCUCGGGAGGCUUCAGCGUUGUCAAGGAGGUCAUUGGUAUGGACAAUGACGGCCGGAGAACAAAGCUUGCUGUCAAGAUUGUGCGCAAGACCGUCCCCAAUGUCAGCGAGACUGAGAAUGACAAGGCUCAACAAGCUGUCGAUUACGAGAUCGGAAUAUGGCGCUAUCUGAACCAUCCUCACAUCUUGCAACUGCAUACCAGUUUUAUCACGGACUUCGCGACUUUCUGCAUAAUGGAUCUCGUCGAGAGCGGCUCUUUGUACGACCUCAUCAACGAGCUUCGCAACAACGGCCAGAUGGGCUUGAAACCUGAUCUUGCAAAGACGUACUCUCAUCAGCUUGCCUCAGCAUUGAGAUACAUGCACGCAGAUGUCAGACUGGUUCAUCGUGAUGUCAAGCUCGAGAACUGCCUAAUUCAGAUAAGACCCGAAGACGAUUGCGGCAAUCUAAAGCUAUGCGAUUUUGGCCUGGCCAGUUUUGUUGACGGUGAUGCAUCUGGCAUGACUGAUAGCAUCCGGUCACUGGACUCUGAAGACAACAAGGAGCCUGCAGGUACACUUGAGUAUCUGGCUCCCGAACUACUGGGUGGCUCCACUCGCAAAGACUACUCGGCAGAUAUCUGGGCACUUGGCGUGUGCGUUUACACCAUGGUCACAGGCAAACGUCCAUUCCAGCACACUAUUCAAUUCAAGUUGGUCGAACUCAUCGAAGCUGGUGACUGGAACAAGGAUCUUGUCAUGUCCUCACCCGCCGGUCAAGUCGACGGCGAAGACAUCUGUGACCUGCUGCACGGUUGCCUGAACACUGAUCCAGACUUGAGAUGGACUAUAGCCGAUGUCAUGGACUGCAAAUGGUUCUCUGGUCUCGUUGAUGUUGCAGCUGACCCUGAGUGGGAGCACGUCAACAACACGCAGACUUAG